GACCCUCGGCCGGCCUGGCGGGCGCUCCACCUGCGCGCUCUCCCCGCUCGCCAUCUCCCGUUCUGCGCCGGCGCGGUGCCCGCCAGGGAGCGCGGGGGAGCUCUCGGGGCGCAUGCGCAGUGCAAGACCCGCCGCUCUGGUGUCGCCGCCGCCGCUGCCGCAGCAGCCGUUGCCGCCUCCCUGCCUGCAAGUGUGUGAAGGAGGAGCCGAGGGUCGCCGCCACUGCCACCGCCAUGGGGAGAAAGUCAAGCAAAGCAAAGGAGAAGAAGCAGAAGCGGCUGGAGGAGYGUGCAGCCAUGGAUGCUGUCUGUGCCAAAGUGGAUGCCGCCAACAGGCUUGGAGACCCUCUGGAGGCUUUCCCGGUGUUCAAGAAAUAUGACCGGAAUGGGUUGAAUGUCUCCAUUGAAUGUAAGCGGGUGUCUGGACUGGAGCCAGCCACCGUGGACUGGGCGUUUGACCUGACCAAAACGAAUAUGCAAACCAUGUAUGAGCAGAGCGAGUGGGGCUGGAAAGACCGAGAGAAACGGGAGGAAAUGACUGACGACCGAGCGUGGUAUCUCAUUGCUUGGGAGAACAGUUCUGUGCCUGUUGCCUUUUCUCACUUCCGAUUUGACGUGGAGUGCGGGGAUGAAGUCCUGUACUGCUAUGAAGUGCAGUUGGAGAGCAAAGUGCGGCGGAAAGGCCUGGGGAAGUUCCUCAUACAGAUCCUGCAGCUUAUGGCCAACAGUACACAGAUGAAGAAGGUGAUGCUAACAGUAUUUAAACAYAAUCACGGUGCCUACCAGUUCUUCCGAGAAGCACUACAAUUUGAAAUUGAUGACUCUUCUCCCAGCAUGUCUGGCUGCUGUGGGGAAGACUGCUCCUAUGAGAUCCUGAGCCGGAGAACCAAGUUUGGGGACAGCCAGCACUCCCACGCAGGUGGGCACUGUGGCGGCUGCUGUCACUGAACUCCCAGAGCCACUUAUGUCAGAACCUGCUCUCCUAAGGCCUGUCUUCUCCCCUGGUCUCACGUCACUUGCCAGGUGCCCUCAGAGCUGUGGUUUCCUCAACCCUGUAUGUACCAGGUGGCACCCUGAGAGCACAGAACCCUGGGGAGGAGUGGUCCACACUGCCCCUUCUCCUCUCUCUUGGAAGAGCAGAGUGCCAGGAGGGAAUGGA